AGCCCAGACAGCAUCCUCAAUCCCACGAGAGCUUACAGUAGUUAAUAAUCCUAUGCACCCCGGCUCAUUCUAGCAUCAACCCACACUCUCUCUCUCACAUUGACUCUCUUUCUCUCUCAUUCUCCAAUCCCAAUCUCGAGUCUUGACCCAUACGCUCAUCUCUCUCCCUUCUUUCAAUGUGUUUAUAUAUGCACUGGACAAUCUAGCCUCUAUUUGAUCAAGGUAUCAUAUACAAGGACCUGAGGUAAUAAAGAACUCUAGAGCAAUGUCUACUGGUGGAACUACCCAUUGGUGUUACUAUUGUAGACAACCAGUUACUCUUAGAGAACAGAAUGGACUUUGUAUCAACUGUUGUGGAGGGUUUGUUCAGCAGCUAGAGGAUUUACCAAGUCCAAGUCUGAAUGUUGAUGAUCACAACCAGCGCCCCGGAUUCAUGGAAGCUGUCUCAAAUUUUCUUAGGCAGCAAGUGGCACAAAGACAAAGGAUCAAUAUCUCUGAGGCUAGAGGAAGAGCAGAUUCAGGAACGGAAAGCGGACAUUUUUGGGGUCCCUGGCCUAUAUACAGUGGUGAUAUGCCAGUUAGAAUGCCUAACAACGGCGGCCUUCUUGAUCUUUUCAAUGAGCUUCUUGGAUUCAGGCGAGAAACUGGUGGUGAUUAUUUUGUAGGACCUGGAGUAGAAGAAUUCUUUGAACAAUUCCAUGUUGAAGAUAGACGUGGUCCUCUCCCUGCUUCCAAAUCAGCAAUUGAUGCUUUGCCUACAGUUAAGGUUUCGAAAAAAGAUGUACGCUCUGAUUCUCACUGCGCUGUUUGUAAAGAGAAGUUUCAGGUAGGGUCUCAAGCUAAGAAAUUGCCUUGUAAGCAUAUAUAUCACUCAGAUUGCAUUGUUCCUUGGCUUGCCCAACGCAGCUCAUGCCCAGUUUGCCGUCAGGAUGUCACACCACAAAAACCAGGUAGUGGCAAUAAAAAUUCAAACAGAAGAGAGGCAAGUGGCACAAACAGGCAAAGGCAGGGUCCAUGGUCUUUCUUGUGGCCUUUCCGCUCAUCUCGUUCCAGUUCUUACCAUAACGGAACAGCUGGAAGCAGUUCCUCAACAAACCAUGGUGUUAACCACCACAGAGAACACUUCGAGUGGCCAGUUGAGUAGGAAGGUUGGUCAUACAAACAUGGCUUUCCAUAAUUCAUUUCUGCCAAUGUACUUUUCCCUUUAGUCGAAUAAAUUAAAUUUACUUGGUCACUAUAAUGGGGCCUGCCACAGGUAUAUGUUUAUAAAGCUCAAUGAAGUUGUGUAAUUUUGCAGUA